UUUUUUUUUUUUUCCCCCCCGGGGGGGGGGGGGGGGCGAGAAGUAGCGGUUCCCUGCUCUCGCCCCCUCUUAGGGUGCCUGCCCCGUCCCCACAGGGAGCCCUUUCAGAAAAAGGGGGGGGGUCGUUUUGCCCGUUUAGAAAACAGUGAAGGCUGGUGGCUGGUCCCCCACCCCGUUGUUGUUUUUCUUGCCCAGAGGGGGGGGGGGUCGGGCUUUUGCCCCCCUUAGAGAGGAGGGCGCCGGGAAAGGGGGGCUCCUGGAGGCUGCCCGGGGGGGGGGGGAGGUUUUCUUGCAGAGUGAGGAAGCCCCCUCGCCACCCAUGGCAGCGGCCUCGCCUAUGGCCCCGAGUGGGGUCUCCCCAACAGGUGGGGGAGGCACCCCCGGGCUGCUGCAGCCCCGCUGGAAGCGGAUGGUGGGCUGGUCGGGCCCCGUGCCUCGGCCCCGCCACGGCCACCGGGCUGUGGCCAUCAAGGAGCUGAUCGUGGUCUUCGGAGGGGGCAACGAGGGCAUCGUGGACGAGUUGCACGUCUAUAACACAGCUACAAACCAGUGGUUCAUCCCAGCCGUGCGGGGAGACAUCCCGCCUGGUUGUGCCGCUUAUGGGUUUGUUUGUGAUGGGACUCGCUUGCUGGUGUUCGGUGGAAUGGUGGAAUACGGCAAGUACAGCAACGACCUCUAUGAGCUCCAGGUGAGUGGCUGGUGGUGACGUGGGUUCUCUCCUUGCUCCGCA